AAAAGCCACCCAUUCGUCCCCCUCCCCUACCUCCCAUCCUUUGCCCAGGAGCUGCCUUCAUCGCAGUCACGCCCCUUCCUUCCGAGGAGCUUUCUGGCUGCUCAAGCUGGUAGACCCCCUGAUUUAUUCUUCCAUCUCCGCUCUCUUUCGCCUCAUCUUCUCUUAGUUCUCACCGCUCCCUCCACCCCCCACCUCCAGUCUGUCUUGCCUCCGACCAUCCGCUGCUCCACCCUCCGGCCCGGUAUCCUGCCUGUCCACUGCCACCAAGGAGAGCCCGGACGGAGCAGCGAGGAGGGGAGCAGCCGGGAGUUGGGGCUUCCCCCUGCCCAUCCUGGCCUCCGGCCCGGGACCGAAGCCACUUGAGCGAGCAGAGAGUCGUCACCUUGUCUUCGGUGCCUUCAGGGAGCUGCUGAGGAGGACAACUAGCAGAAGGGAAAGAGACUUUGUCUCCUCGGAAGAAAGGCUAAGAAACUAAAGAGUGACCAGUGGUUGGACUCUUGGCGGCGCUUACCCUGAACCUGAGUGUUAGGGGAGAGGGAAUCUGCCGUUGCGGUUUCUGGAGCUGCUCAUAAGCGAGAAUUCCCUAUCCUGAUCAAGGCUUUAAGCCUAAAAGAAAGCAGAAAUAGGUCAAGGGCAGCCCAGGUGCCCAAUUUCUCUCUCUCUUCACAAGGCACCACCAGCAAUAGAGAUGAGAAAUUCUGAAGAGCAGCCAAGUGGAGGAACCACAGUGUUGCAGCGUCUGCUACAAGAGCAGCUCCGCUAUGGCAAUCCUAAUGAGAAUCGCAACCUGCUUGCCAUACACCAGCAAGCCACAGGGAAUGGCCCUCCUUUCCCCAGUAGCAGUGGGAACCCAGGCCCUCAGAAUGAUGUGUUGAAUCCCCAAGACCACCACCAACAGCUUGUGGCUCAUGCUGCUCGACAGGAACCCCAGGGACAGGAAAUCCAGUCAGAAAACAUCAUCAUGGAGAAGCAGCUUUCCCCCCGAAUGCAGAAUAAUGAAGAACUCCCAACCUAUGAAGAAGCCAAGGUCCAGUCCCAGUACUUUCGGGGCCAACAGCAUGCCAGUGUUGGAGCUGCCUUCUAUGUGACUGGAGUCACCAACCAGAAGAUGAGGACCGAGGGACGCCCAUCAGUUCAGCGGCUCAAUCCUGGCAAGAUGCACCAGGACGAAGGACUCAGAGACCUGAAGCAAGGACAUGUCCGCUCCUUGAGUGAACGACUAAUGCAGAUGUCACUGGCCACCAGUGGAGUUAAGGCCCAUCCACCUGUUACCAGCGCUCCCCUCUCCCCACCACAACCCAAUGACCUCUACAAGAAUCCCACAAGUUCCAGUGAGUUCUACAAGGCCCAAGGGCCACCUCCCAGCCAGCAUAGCCUGAAGGGCCUGGAACACCGAGGCCCCCCACCAGAGUAUCCCUUCAAGGGCAUGCCACCCCAAUCUGUAGUGUGCAAGCCCCAAGAGCCAGGGCACUUCUAUAGUGAGCAUCGUCUGAACCAGCCAGGGAGAACAGAGGGGCAACUGAUGAGGUAUCAGCAUCCCCCUGAGUAUGGAGCAGCCAGGCCGGCGCAGGACAUCUCAUUGUCAUUGUCGGCCAGGAGCUCACGGCCUCACAGUCCUACUUCUUCCCUCACGUCUGGGGGCUCCCUGCCCUUGCUGCAGUCUCCACCAGCCACAAGACUGUCUCCUGCCCAACACCCCUUGGUCCCAAACCAAGGAGACCACUCGGCUCACCUGCCUAGGCCACAGCAGCAUUUCCUUCCGAACCCGGCUCACCAGAGCGAUCAUUACCGGCUCACUCAGCCUGGCCUGGGUCAGCAGCAGCAACAGCACCACCACCAUCACCAGCAGCAGCCAGGAGAGGCCUAUCCAGCUAUGCCUCGGGCCCAGCCGUCGUCCGCUUCCUAUCAGCCGAUGCCGGCGGACCCCUUUGCCAUUGUGUCCAGAGCCCAGCAGAUGGUUGAGAUCCUGUCAGACGAGAACCGGAACUUGAGGCAGGAGUUGGAAGGAUGCUACGAGAAGGUGGCCAGGCUGCAGAAGGUGGAGACAGAAAUCCAGCGAGUCUCGGAGGCAUAUGAGAACCUUGUAAAGUCAUCCUCCAAAAGAGAGGCCCUGGAGAAAGCCAUGAGAAAUAAGCUUGAGGGUGAAAUUAGAAGAAUGCACGACUUCAACAGGGAUCUGAGAGAGCGUCUCGAGACUGCCAACAAGCAGCUUGCAGAGAAGGAAUAUGAGGGGUCGGAGGAUACUAGAAAAACCAUCUCUCAGCUGUUUGCAAAAAAUAAGGAAAGCCAGAGGGAGAAGGAGAAGCUGGAGGCCGAGCUGGCCACUGCCCGUUCUACCAAUGAGGACCAACGACGACACAUUGAAAUCCGAGACCAGGCCCUGAGCAAUGCCCAGGCCAAGGUGGUCAAGCUGGAGGAAGAGCUGAAAAAGAAGCAGGUGUAUGUAGAUAAGGUCGAGAAGAUGCAGCAAGCCCUCGUACAGCUCCAGGCAGCAUGUGAAAAACGUGAGCAGUUGGAGCAUCGUCUCCGGACGCGGCUAGAGAGGGAACUGGAAUCGCUCAGAAUUCAGCAGCGCCAGGGCAACCCUCAGCCCGCCAGUGUUUCAGAACACAGCGCCACUGCGCUGAUGGAGUUGCUUCGCGAGAAGGAGGAGAGGAUUCUGGCCCUGGAAGCCGAUAUGACAAAGUGGGAGCAGAAGUAUUUAGAGGAGAAUGUGAUGAGGCAUUUCGCUCUAGACGCCGCCGCGACCGUAGCUGCGCAGAGGGAUACAACAGUCAUCAGCCACUCUCCUAACACCAGCUAUGACACGGCUCUGGAAGCUCGCAUCCAGAAAGAGGAGGAAGAGAUCUUGAUGGCCAACAAGCGUUGCCUUGACAUGGAGGGCAGGAUUAAGACGCUCCAUGCCCAAAUUAUUGAGAAGGACGCCAUGAUCAAAGUGCUGCAGCAGCGUUCCCGGAAGGAGCCAAGUAAGACAGAGCAGCUGUCAUCCAUGCGACCAGCAAAGUCUCUGAUGUCCAUUUCCAAUGCCGGGUCAGGCCUGCUCUCACAUUCGUCCACGCUGACCGGCACCCCCAUCAUGGAAGAGAAGCGAGAUGACAAGAGCUGGAAGGGGAGCCUAGGUAUCCUCCUGGGUGGGGACUACCGCGCCGAGUCCGUGCCCUCCACACCCUCGCCGGUGCCGCCCUCCACUCCCCUGCUCUCCGCUCACUCCAAGACGGGCAGCCGCGAUUGCAGCACGCAGACGGAACGGGGCACGGAACCCAGCAAAACCGCAGCUGUUGCUCCCGUCUCUGUCCCCGCGCCAGCCGCCGCUGCCGCCGCCACUGCUGCCGCCAUCACUGCCAACGCUGCCACCAACACCACCACCAUGGUAGCCGCUGCUCCACUUGCUGUCGCUGCUGCUGCUGCUCCUCCGGCUGCCGCCGCCGCCGCCCCGUCUCCAGCAACCGCUGCUGCUGCUGCUGCUGCUCUUGCGGCUGCCGUUUCUCCAGCUGCUGCCGCUCAGGUUCCGGCCGCUGCCUCUGCCGCCGCCGCCGCCGCUGCUGUCGCGCCUCCUGCUGCUGUUCAGGUUGCUCCAGCUGCUCCGGCUCCGGUUCCAGCUCCGGCUCCGACUGCGGUUCCGGCUCCAGCAGCGUCUCCGGCUUCUGCUGCGGCUCAGACUCAGGCACCAACUCCAGCUCCGACUGCGGCUGCUACUCCGGCUCCAGCUCCAACUCCAGCUGUGGCUCAGGCUGACGCUUCUGCAAGUCCAGCUGCCGGCUCUGGACCACGUCGUUUGUCUAUACCAAGUCUGACCUGCAAUCCAGAUAAGACAGAUGGCCCCGUUUUCCACUCCAAUACUCUGGAAAGAAAAGCUCCCAUUCAGAUCCUGGGACAAGAGCCUGAUGCAGAGAUGGUGGAAUAUCUCAUCUAAACGGCCUAUUCAAGAGCUGCAGUUUAUCAGCAAGAGUGCUUUUAACCAUUUUUCCUUUUUGAUUGUUCUUAUUUUGAGGGUGAGGACAAGGGGUGGGGGGGAUGUUUUUUAAAGGAACUUUUUAUUGAAACAAUAUAGUACUUAAGUAAUACCAUACAAACUCCAGUCUAUUCUGGUACACACUCAGAGAGUACCUCUAAAGACAGAUGAAUCAGAAUGUGCUCUAAAGUUUAUUGUUUGGGUUUAUACAAACACUUGGACUGUUAAUCACUGGGUAUACACGAAUGUUUGCAAUGUGCGUGAUUUUACUUAGCAUUUCCGUAUUCCAGAUCAUUUUCAUUGAAGAGCACAGUAUGUUUGGGAGACAGUGCAUAACAUGUAGAUUUCAGAAGUGGGAAGCCGGAGAGAAUUUGCACCGAUGCUGUUUUGUAUACUUACCAUCUAGGCAGCAUCCAGAGAGGGAGCUCUCAUCUCAGGCUCAUGAAAGGGAAUAGGUUUAGGAGCUGUGUAAGCUGAAGAAAAGGCAGGGGAUAUUGGGGUGUGGAAGGGUGCUGGAGCUAAUUUUCCCUCCCAAUUUCCCAGCUACCCUGUGCCAGGAGAUUGUGUUUAUCUUCAUUUCAGUGGUGCUUUGGAAGUGGAUUCUUUUGGUUCCCUCGCGGAGGUUCAUACAUUCAUAUAUAUACUCUGGAGUAAUUUAUGCAUUUGGAUAAUUAAUAUAUUGCUUUCAGAUGCUAGGAGAGUAAAUUAGCUGUGUGCCGUACAUCUUCCUCCUUCUUAGGGAGUGAGACCUUCGGAGGCCUUGAUGGAGAGUUGCGCGAGGUGCUGCAUGUGGCCAUGAGCACAGCUCGCUUGGCUUUCCUGAGACCAAUCUGGUUAGUGUUCAUUGUUUCUCCAGCACAAGUUCACUGGCUGUGUCACCAGUUUCAGGUUUCCAAUCAUUUGCAAAACGAGGAAGCAUUUUUGUUGAUGGGCUGAAUGCUUUGAAUUUCUGGUGACUACUUUCAAAUAACUCCGUUUGUUUUCCCCAAUUCUUAGCAUAACGUCUUAAAAGGCAUCGUUGACUGUAACCUCCAAGGGAAUAGCAGUCGGGGGAGAGGUGGGCUGCAGAUGUGUCCUUAGCUGUCCCUUCUCACUGCCAGUGACUCCAUCUUGGAAUACCUUUGGAGAGCAGCAGAAAAUGUGUAUGUGGACAGGGACCAAGGAGGCCAUGGCUCCGGAGCUUUGCCAUAGGGCCACCUCCAGGGACACAAAAGGGCUGCUUCUUGCCACAGGUCCCUGCUCUGUGUCACCUCUCUGCCCUUAAUUAAGGUGACAGAUCCACAGACAAUGUCAUUCAGAUCAAU